GAGAAUUUGUCUCGUACCUUCUCUCUAUCCCGAGUCCUGAGCAAAUCCGUGCACGCGAAAAACGACGCCGACGCAUUGACAGUGUCUAAACUUUGAUAAAGUAACUGACCAGUUGAAUUAAAUACAACUCCAUGCAUUUAAAGAAAAAAAUUGAAAUUUUUGUUUCCAUCGGAGUAACUGGUAAAAAAUAUAAAUAAAAGAAGAAACCAUAACGCGUCAAACUGUCACGGGGCUUACGAAAUUCUUGUUCUCUCUCGACCCCCCUCGCGUCCCGAUGACACGGCGGUUAGAUUUAAACUCAACGGUCAACCGCGAUCAAACUACUACGCCUGUGUAACGAACUCGUGCUCUCAUUCAAAAAUCUUAAUCCUCUCUUCGUUCAAACUUGUUUGCUUCGUUUAAUUUGACUUUUGAGAUUUCGGUGGUAAAGAAUACUUCGACGCUCGACGCAGAAGGGACACGAAGGACUCGUUAAGCCCUCGUGUUAGUAAACAGCCAGGACAUUGACCGCGAAUCUUGUCUUACUACGCGUCCUUUCGCACAAUGGAUCCCUUCACCCAGCGUAUGCUAGAGCGUGCAAAAGCAAGGAGAGAGAAAUUGGAUACGCAGUUAUCCAAUGCUGGACAUGAUUUGAAAAAGAGACGCAGUCCACUGAAAGAUGCCAAUGCAAUUUUGGCACAAGCACCGGUUACAGUACAAACUGUAUCAAAAACGGUAGCAAAAUCUCCAGUCUCGUCCCCAGCCGCUAAACAAAGUCCUGCAAAAUCACCGCGGAAAACAGUGUCGCCGGCGAAGAUCGCUGUGCGCGAGAACAGUUUGUUGAAUAAGGAAAAUGGUAAUAAUGCCGUGACCAGCGCGAGGUCAAAGCUGCAGAGACUUGGCCACCUUUAUUCAGACGACAGUAGUCGUGAGCUGAGUUCACCGAUACACAAAAACGAGGAGAAAUUCACGGCAGAAGAUGAACCACACGAAGCACGACAACCGCCAAAAAGCAAAGCUCGUUUGAACCGCUUGGCGGCUCUCGCUUCGGAGAUAAACAAUUGGGAGGACGAUUUGUCACAUCCGUCUCUAGUGAAGCCCGUCGAGAGUAAGGCCGAAAAAAUUCAGGCCAAAAUGAAUGAACAAGUGAAAUUGGGCUACGAUCCUCAACCGGGUACGAGCGGUUGCAGCCGAUGGAAAAGCAAUUCCAGUCCAAACAAAAAGACAACGGCGAGUCCCUCGAAACCCCUUAAGUGGGACAAAUCUGUCUUGGAUACUUUGGAGUCACAGGGAUAUACUCGUACUAAGAGCAAUUCACGUCUAGUGUAUGACUAUAAGAAUUGUUCCCAGGAAUCGAAAGCGUCAUCAAGAGUGAAGGAUGAAAAAGAGACAACCGAAAAGGUGGGAAUAGGUGUAAAAUCGAGCCCGAUGAAAGGAGAAAAGAGAAAUAAUAAUUCUGAAAGCACUGGGAGAUCGCCAAUCGCCGGAACCUCGAAAAACAAAGCGGAAACUAUGGGAACACCGGAAAAAACGUCAGCCACAGCGAGAAAUCAAAACAAUUCGGGGGUUAGCAAUAAUCGAAUCGGAACCAGAUUCGGUGGUGGAGUUUACAAUUGUUCACCAAAGAGUCCAAUUAAAUCAUCACCAGGUUCAGUUUUGAGUAAAGCUUCGUUGUUCGAAUCCAAGGUUACCGAGAAUACCAGAGCGAGGGAUCCGGCUGAAAUGACCCUGACCGAGAGGAUGGCACUUUUCGAGAAGAACAACAAAGGCGAAGCACCCCUCAUCCCGAAAGCACCUCUCACUUCUUCUGUUCCAACCAAAAAAUUACUCGAGCGCGAAAAAUCCAAUAGUGAAACUUCACAGAAAUAUUCUAAUCCCGAUAAUUCGGGUUCGCAGUCGAAAAACGGGACUUCUCUCAAAUCUGUGAACGCGAAUAGAGCGGUAUUCGAGCAAGGUCAUCCGACACAAGAGUUGGAAAAUAAUAUAUUGCGCAAGACUCAAAUAGAAAGACAAAGAGAACUAGAUAUGUUGAGAUCGCGUUUUAAUCGAAACAAAGAAAUGGCCCAAGCGGCUGCAGGCUCGUGCAUUAGAACGAGCGAAAGUAGCGAAGUCAAAUCGAACUCUCCGAAAAGUUCGCCAGUCUGUCCAGUAAAACCGACACCGGCACUGGUAAAACAAUUUUCAAUGGAACAAGUUCCGCCGCCUCCGCCACUUCCAGGCUCUCAGAGCCAUGAACAAAGACGAGGGUCUCAGAUGAAAGGUUCACCAACCAAACGACAAGUCGUUGGAAGUCCACCGAAAUUUCAGCAAAAAAGUCUUUCGGACGUGAAACGUAUCCGGGUUUCACCACCGAAGCCGGGUCACCUUUAUCCGGACUUGUCGUCGAUCGAGACGACAGAAACUGAAACAGAAACGGAAUACACAGUUGGUACCACGGAGCCGGAAACUGCAACGUGCGAAGAAGCUACUGAGACUGAAACCGAGGCAGAAUAUUGCGUUGAAAACGAAGACGACGACUAUGACUCUUACGAGGAGAGUGAAGAACCGAUCACGAGCCUUGAAAGAAGUAUUCUUCGUGCUGUUAAUCAACAAGCAAUGAACAAAAAGCGAUCGAUCGAUCCGGAUCCAGAUAGUACGGUUUCGGACAUAUCAGUAUUGGACGAGAUGGACGAGUAUUUGGAUGAGUGUUUAGCUCGACAAGAGGCAGAGAGCGAGCACGGUCCGACACCCCCGAAAUUGAACCGUGCCGGUAAAAGCCCCUCGUCCGCAUCGACGAGCUUCAAAUACGCUCACGGCUCGGCCUACCGUUCACCGAUCAAAGUGACGCCUACUCGCUCACCUCGUAGGGGAGAACAGUACGUCGUUGACGGUGAGAGUUGUAUACCGCUCAUGCACAGUGUCAGUUUUUACAGAAAACAACAAUCUCAGACCCCGAAAACACCGAUCCGUCACGUAACUCGAGUCAACGAGAUGGACUCUGACAGAACAAGUGGAACGAAUUCUGAUGAGAGAACCGAAUCAACUCUCGUUCAGGAAAAAAUCAAACGUCUGAUGGACGAAGUCUGUAAACAACAAACAAUCAUUGGACAGGCUAGCCAAGCCUUGAAUUUGUGCCAUGCGACUGUCGAAUUCACUGGAUCUCGGGAACAAGUCGAGGGAGAAAGACUUUUGCUCGUUGCAACACACAGACGUCAAGCAGCAUUGAAUGAAAUUCAGCGUCUGAAGGUGGAAGGAACGUUGAGACCGGUCGUGCCUGGAUCAUCGGAGGUGCAAGAAAGCGGAUCCUUGACAAUUUCUGCAUUAACGUUGCCCUUGAAACGCGAUUAUUUUAGAAACGUCGAUUCUGACACUUGCCUCCAUUUUGUGUGUCUCGUACGUUAUCUGGAAAACAUUGUUGUUACACCUGUCGUUCAAGCUGAAAACGGCGAUGCCUGCGUACGUUUUCCGUCUACCCUAAAAUUGGAAGAUCUUUUCAGCGAUUUCAAAAUAACAAUCGAAGUGUACAGCCUUGAAACGCGCGCUGAAGUUCUCCCUCAUGAGAUCAAAUACCACAUUCAUAACAACGGGAAUUCCGGUAAUCACAGCGGAGUCAGCAAAAAGUCUGGAGGGAAAACUCCGAAAAAGUUUUUGAAGCAAGAAAGCCGCCUGAUAAUGCCGUCAGUUCAAAGUCCCGCAGGUCCCGGGGCUGUCCGAACUCCGGCUUUUGCUCCGGCUGGUUACGUCAUAUUUAGCCUUAAGGAAGUAAAUCGUCAGCAAUUUACUCUGAAUAAGGUGCCAAAAGAUUUGGCAUUGGAGGGAAAAUUGCAAAUGCACGUUGCUUGCGAAUUGUCCGUUUCGGUUGAACAUCGAGGGUUCUUAACCAUGUUCGAGGAUGUCUCUGGUUUCGGAGCGUGGCAUCGACGCUGGUGUCUCCUUAAAGGCGCCAUUCUUUCUUACUGGAAAUAUCCAGACGACGAGAGAAAAAAGACGCCGAUCGGGAGCAUCGAAUUACAAGGGAUCACAACAACGAAUGUUGGCUUGGUAUCACGUGACAUUUGCGCUCGACCUAAUACCUUCUUACUGGAGAGUAUCAGGCCGGCCCAGCCCGGUGAUACCGAGAGUCUUGUUCUCGUAAGGAACGGUUCGCAAACUACGAUAAGGCAUCUCCUGUCCGCAGACACAAAGGAGGACAGGCUGGAGUGGUGCUCAAAGUUGAACAAAACGAUAAACUUGAUACACGCCUGGGGAGGAAACGCAACUUCCUAAAUCCCUCGCAACAAAAUACACUAAUUAUUCUCUUACGAGAAGCUAUUCAGGAUCUUCAUGAUCUUAAUAAUAAUGCGUAAAAUAAGCGUGACAUGAAUAACUCAUCCUUUCCGGAUAUUAGACGACAAUUAACAUUUUUAUUUGUUUUUUUUUGACCAAAAAUAUUUGUGGAAUUUUCUUUUGGCACAAGAACACGUAGGUAUUAUGCACUCGAGCAAAACGUACGUCAAUCAGUACAUAACAUCUACUCAAUUUCGUAAUCUGUGAAAGGGAAACCUCUUUUUCCUCGAAAAAUUGAUUUCUGAAUGGAAAGUCAGAAAAUUUUGUUCAGCACGUCAGUGCAAUGCGGAUUCUUUGAUAGAACUCUAUUGGUGAACAUGUUUUCUGUCUCAAUUUUCUUCCAUCCAAUGAAGAAAGAAAUGUCGACGAAGGUUCCCACUCAUUGGAUUAUUUGUAUAUAAAAAAUCGUAAGUUUCUUAUAGUUUUUACUAUAUAAUAAAUAUAUUUAUAUGUAUAAAUAUACGAUAUAAACGUAUCACUAUUUGUAGCAUAAAUGAAUAGCGUGUACAGGAUCUUUGUACACCCUCAAUCAAGUUUUAUAAAAAGUAACAAAAUUGUAUUGGAAAUAAACCGUAUUUGUAUAUCUA